CAGGUAUGUAUACGAGUAUAUGGAGACGUGAACAAGUUUGAAUAAUUGUCAUGAACCUAGUAACACUUUACUAUACUAUAGUAUAGAGUUUAUAUAUAUCUACGUACCUAUCUACCACUGAGAUUUGAGAAUUGUAAUAAAUAGUACCUACCUGCUACUAAAUUACUAUUGCAUAGAUUUCUUUGUUUACGUGUCGAUCCUUGCGAACGAAAUACAUGCCUACGAAAAUAAAUAUAUCUAUCAAAGUCGUUUAUGGAAUUGUAUCAAAGCUGCAUUGUAAAACUGCUGCCGUGGACUAAUUGUUAAAAUGAAUAACGGUGAUAUUAGUGCUCCAAAAGGACGAGGCCGGGGGUGGCAAAUGAACAACCAGGCACGCGAGCUCCGGCGGCCUAAGGCAGUUUCAGACGAACCAAAGGUGGAUACUUCUAAAUCGAAGUUAUCAGCAGAUGCUAAAGAAUGGUACCCUGCAAAUUACACUUCUCAAGCGCUACCCGCUUACAACACUGAACCUGCCCCAUAUAGACCAUCUCGCCCCUCUGUACAAGGUAGACUUCGUCAAGCUCAAGAUCAAAAUCCAUACAAUUUGGAUGACAUGUCUUAUUCACUUGAAGAAGCUGAAAACAUGGAUCUACGGGAGAACAUAGCAAACUUGAUAACUGUUAUGUGUGAGAUAACCUUUGACCCGGGCAAGUUUGACACCUUGUGUGGUCCCUUGGUGGAUUCAUUUGCUUCAACACUUAAUGAUGAAAGCUAUACCAGACCCUUGGUGGAUGCCAUUGUUAAUCAGUCAAUCGGCGAAGCUAAUUUCCGGUACAAUGGAGCUCGUUUGUGUUCAAUGUACGAUUCAGUGGCGCAACCUGAGGAGUCUGUAUUCCGCGAGUGCCUGCUCGAGCGCUGUUCCGUUGAGGAAAACAAGAUUAUCAGCGGCUUGGAAACUUCAGAGGAGAAUAUGCGUGGAUUUGCUAUGUUCCUUGCCGAGAUUUAUACUCAGCUUGAGGAUAGUCAAGGAGGAAGAAUAAAGACUCUCGGUGAAAGUCUCUGCAAAGUUUUUCUGCAUCUAUUGGACACUGAUAAGGAGUCAAACAUCAAAGCUGUUUGUCAACUGCUCAAGUUGUCGGGUCUGGCCCUCGACGCGGACUGCCCGACGGGGAUGCACGCGACGUUCGAGCGGCUCCGGCGGCGCGGGUCGCUGCCGCUCGUGCGCGCCGUGCUCGACCUGCGCGCGGCCCGCUGGGGGCUCGCCGACACCUCGCACCAACACGUUGGCGGCAUGAACGGCGGGUCGGAUUACGUAGAGGGCGGUUUCCUGGCGGACGGUCACUCGCUGACCGCCGAGGAGCGCGCCUUCCUGCAGAGCAACCUGCCGCCGCACAAGCACCAGCCCAUAGACGACGAUAUACUGGAGGAGCUUGAGAACGACUCGUGGGAGACUGGAAUGGAUCCUGAAAUGCAGGAGAGCUUCCUCGAGUUUCUCAAGAUAUCGAAUCAGAUAAAGCGAUAACCGCCCCGGACAACGGAACCCUCACAACGCGGGAGACAGACCAAUCUUACUUUACGAUUAGACAAUGGUCGAAAUAUUAUAAUAAAAUCAAAAAAAAAAAAUUAAUAAAAACUUUUAAAAAUCCUAAAAAGUCAAAGGAGUCAGGAAGUUGAGGUUGUCAUAGCAUUGCAUGCCCGUUGCCCAGUCUCUUAAAUUAAACUACUACUUAAAUUAAAAACGAAACGAACGCCAUCUAUGAUCGAAUAAAGACAUGUACUCACGCUUUGCGCUCGUCACGUGUAGCUUUCACAAUACAACAUAAACAUUUAGGUGCUCCAAUAGUUACUAAGAAAUAGUUUAAUAAAAGCUUAUUCAUAUUAAUUACGCUUUUUUAUUACGAUCAACAUAGUGUAGCGUAGGUUACUUGUCAGUAAAGAUUUUAUUGUCCUUAUUUUUGUGUUAGAUUGUUAGAAAACGCGUUUUGGUCUGUCUUCGAACCCGCAUAAGUGUUUACGUAUAACUAAUGUAUAAUGUUCAAGAUUUUUAUAUUUUGAUCAUUUGACGAAAAUAAUGUAAGCUGAGAAAUGUUAGAGAGAUAUUUUUUUAAAAGAGAUUUAUACGUAAACACGUCCGUAUGCGAUUGUAAAGACUAAAUGUAAACAAGCGCUUAGUGUUUACGAAAUUACCUCGAAAAAAACCUAUUGUAAAAUUGUCGAUUCAAUCUCUUACUAGUGGACAAAGAUACUUAUUACAACAAUUCAAACUCAACUGUGCUUUUGGUUAAAACGAACUCUUGUAUCACUUCCUCGUUAUGUGAAAUUAAUAAAAAAAAUACUUUCAAUAGUACAUUGUGCACCAAGGGAGAAAAGUUGGACAUUUCCUCCCACGUGUAAAAUGCAAACACGCGGGAUGAGAUGUUCUACUACUAUUUUUUCUCCUACCAGGCCGAAAGUUCGUGGAGUACCGAGCCGGGGUACAGGGGCGAAGCCCUGGCAGGGGGUAGGGGGGGCGGAGCCCCCCAUACUCAUAAGUAAACAAUGUAUCUUUUUUAAUUUUUUAAAUAAACUACCACAAAUUGAAUAAGAACUGUCUGAUGAAGUCAUUUUUGUUUAAUACUUCACUAUUAAAUUUUAUUGCCUUUUGUUUAUUUCACUUUUACACUAAACACAAUAUUGAAAAUUACCCAAGCACAACAAUGGCGGAGAAUUUUAGGUGCGUGAGAGCAGACGUAGACACUAACGCGCAUGCGCACUUGUCAGUACCCAGGGAGGAAAAGUUACACUUUCUUCCCUGUACAGCGGGAGGAAAAGUAAGACUUUCUUUCCUGUACAGCGGGAGGAAAAGUUAGACUUUCUUCCCUGUACAGCGGGAGGAAAACCGAACUUUUGGCGUAGGUAGGAGAAAAAAAUAAAUGCAAUAACUUUUGUAAUACGUAUAAGUCCUAUUUUUUUUUAAUUCCCACCUUUGUGAAGGCCAUAUUUUAUAAAUGUCUUGUUUACAUUUCGUCUCUCGAGUUAAUUUAGUGAUCUCUAAGUUUUCUUCUUUAUGCAUGUUAAUGACAAAAAAGCAUUUUCACGAAUACUGUCAACAAUAAAUAAUCGUAGUUGACGUGUCGAAUGGGUGCGGUUACAAUGCAAUGGUCCGUUCCUUAAGAGAGACCCGAGUAAUAUUUAGUUUUGUAUUUUCCAUUAGUUGAAAGGCUGAUGAAUUUUAAUGGUUUUAUUGAAUUUAAUUAUUGACUUUUAUUGAAAACGUUUCAGGAUACUAAUUAUUGUGUUUUAUAUUUUAUCAAUUUGUCCCUCGAUUUUAAUUGUCUCGGCACAAAUCUAUUCUCGUGUCUUAUUUUAGUUUCAUUAAACUUGAAACUGACUAAUAUAUGUUGGAUUGGAUUCGAUAAAACGUAUUCGCCUUAAGCGAACGGAAUGAUCGUUGCCUUGUGUGAGAUGUAUUUUUGUGGAUGACCUAAUUGCUAGUUAAUUUGAAAUGAUAUAGUUUUAAACUAAACAUUCAAUGAAUUGUUAUGAUGUUAGGUGAAUUUUACAGUGAAACGGGAAAGCAUAAUAGUAAAUUAAUGAAUUUAUUUAUUAAAAAAAGCAAUUAGGAGAAAUGUUUGUAAUAUUCCAUUGUAUUUUUGUUGCAGUGAUAUUAUGAAUGUUAUAAGAUUAAAUGGAUAUUUUAAUAAAAGUCAUUUCAAA